UGAAACUUAAAGCUGUAUCCAACACCAUAAAAUCAAAAUACAAUUUAUAAAACAUUUGUUAAAAUUAAAUUUCAUAAGCAGAGAAUUAAAUAUUUUUAGCUAAAAUAAGCGUUUUGCUCUAAACACAAACAAUUAUACCUUGUUAGAGAUAUUAAGAAAAACAAAUAAAUAAAUACUGAUUCCAUAGCAUUUGUUGUCUGCAGGUUCUCUCUUUCCCUUAACCUCAAAAGCCAUUUAGACUCUUCUUCUCUCUUUCAGAUCUCUCUUCUUCUUCUGUUUCUUCUGCUCACGUAGAGCACAAACAAGCCAAGAACCAUCUCUGCUCUUUCUUUCACCUUCAGGUAUCUCUCUCAAUUCUUUUGAAUCUCGGAUCUAGAUCUCAACAAUCUCUCAAGAUCCUUCUUGGUUUGUGUUUUUGAUUUUUAUUAGUAUUUUGAUCUGAAACAAUUUUUCUACGAAUUCUUGAUCCUUUUGUGUUAUUCUUAAUCAUCUUGUCACUGUUUUAAUUAAGACUUUUUCUCAUAAUCUUUUUUUGGUUAGAGUUUACUUAUUCUUGAAAAAGAAGAAAAAAAUCUGUCUCCACUAUGAUCUUGACAUCAUUCACUAUAAUGGGAAACAUUACGUAUUAAAAAAAUAUUUAAAAGUAAUUUUUGUCAAGUGGGCUAAUUCCUUACCAUUGUUAUUUUUCUGUCUUAAUUAAUAAAUAAUCAACCUUAAAAUAAUAUAAUAUUCUCUUAUGACCAGAUCUCCAUAAGAAACACGUUACCAUUUGACCACCUCUUCUCUCUUCUCUUAUCUUUUUUUUUAUAUAUUUAUAUAUCAUUUUUUGCCAUCUUCUUCUUCAAUCUCGUAAUUCACUUUUUCUUUGUGGUUUGAUUGAUUCUUUGAAGCAGCAACCAAAGAUGAUGAACAGCUGUGGAAUCCAACAAAACGCUUUUGAAGAGAUGAGGAGAAACGCCGCCGUUUCUGAUCGGAGAGACGCCGUGAUUUGUCCUAAACCUCGUCGUGUUGGUGCUCUUAAUCACCACUCUUCUCGAUCUCUCCGUUGGCAACUCAAUCAUCAGAUGGAAUUAUGUGAAUCGAAUUCAGGAAGUGAGAUUUUGGAUUUCAUCCUCACAAAGGGUGGUGGUGGUGGUGGUGAGCAAGAUCAGACGAGGACGGUGAUGACGCCACCUCUGUUCUUUACAGGGUCACCUCCAAGUAGAGUUUCUAACCCAUUAACAAAAGAUUCGCUUUUUCGAGAAGAGCUUCUCAUGGUGGCUUCUCCGAGUCCAUCGACUCCACGAGCAACCAAACCGCAGCCACCGUCUUCUCCAAGGAACGGUAGUUGUGUUAUGGCGGCGACGAGUUUCGGGAACAAUCCUGUGGUUCGUGUUGUGGGGUUUGAUUGUGACAGACGCAGCAGCAACAGGAGCAUUUCGACUCUUGCAUAAGAGUAGUCCAAUAUGCAUAUAUAUAUAACAGAGAGAGUAUUAAAAGAACAACUAAGAAAGGUUUAGGUAUUGAUUAUGUGGGAGGGUUUUGUUGGUGAAAAUGUGUAAAUAUGUUGAAAAAAAGUGGGGGGAUUUAUAAAUGGGAUUGUUAUAAAUUUAGGGUUUUGGUUUUGGGUGUCCAUUUUCUAAAAUUUUGUAAUUAAAAAGGGGGGAGAGAGAGUGGUUAAUUUGGUAUCUUUAGUGGGAAAUAAGAGCGUAGUGUAAUCUUCCUUAUUGUAACAAAAGGAAAGGCUCGAAAGAGUUUUGAAAUGUAAAGAUAUCAUUUCUCUGCCUUUAUUUUUGUAUAUAUCAUUGCCUCUUUUUGAACAGAUGUAAAUUUCAAAGGAGUUGAUCAGUUUUGGAGUCUUAUUAGUUCUUAUAUCGUGGCUAACAUUAGUGAUGAAUUUUACUGUCACUUUUUGUGUGAUGAUUUGUGUAUAC